UCCACACAGAUCUAAGCCAGCUGCCCUGUUUUAAACACUUCACUGCAAGAGGAGUGGAAGAGAGGGGGAACCCGCAUGCAUCCCCCCUACCAGUGUGCUCAGAGUACACUGGCAACGCAGCUGCCAGCUCUACAAACAGCAGACGAGCAGCUACAAAUGGUAGAUUUAGAGCUUUGCUGUUAGGUAAAAGGCCGGUCUUGGAGUCCUGCUUCAGAUUCUCAGGACCCAAAGGGCACUUGCUGCCCUGAGAGGGGGUCGUUCAAGCAAACUGACCCUUGGGGUUAAGUAGAAUCAGUUUGUGUGAAGCUCUGUGGAGGAGGGGAGGAGGGAACAGGCAGCAGUUAGUGGGAGGUGGGAGGCCACGGUGGGGCUCCUGCACUGCUCAAGAAGGAGACGAAGCAGUCGCCGGGAAGCGGGGGAAAGAGGAGGAGAAUGGCCACGGGAGAAAUCACAACACUUCCCUCCACACCUGAAGACGGCGGCAGCGGCGGCUUUCCUCCUGGAAACUUCAAGGAUCCCAAAAGGCUGUACUGUAAAAACGGGGGCUUCUUCUUGAGGAUAAAGUCUGACGGGGGAGUGGAUGGAAUCCGGGAGAAGAACGACCCCCACAUAAAACUUCAACUCCAAGCAACCUCCGUGGGUGAGGUGGUGAUCAAAGGAGUUUUUGCUAACCGCUAUCUGGCGAUGAACAGAGACGGACGACUGUUUGGAGCGAGACGAGCUACGGAUGAAUGCCAUUUCCUGGAGCGGCUCGAGAGCAACAACUACAACACCUAUCGCUCCAGGAAGUACCCGAACAUGUAUGUGGCUCUGAAGCGGACAGGCCAGUACAAGUCCGGAAACAAAACGGGACCGGGUCAGAAGGCCAUUCUCUUUCUUCCAAUGUCCGCCAAGUGCUAAUCUGGGAUCCGGUCAAGAAGUAUUAAAAGUCUUAGUGGCAACGACGAAGAAGAAGACGAAGAAUAAUAAUAAGAAGAUGUGACGGCAAUGAAGACAGAGUGUUGCCCAAAAUAGCUGUGAUCCUUUCCAACUGUUAACAUCCUAACAGUUCAGUUUUUGUUUUUUCAUCUUGAGCAUGUCUACUCUUAUUCAGCUUUACUUCCAAACCGUGGCACACAUUCACACCUGGCUGCUUCCCAGUAAAAAACCAACCGGCCGCUACUCGAGUGCCACUGGAGCCAGGUCGCCUUGCUCAAGCGCACCUCAACAGAAUGGCAGCACAGCAUUAUUUUAUUACACAGAUCUUCCCUCUCUGUCUGAGGGCAACCUUCUGAUCACAGGCCUGCUUCCUACCCUUCACUUAAUGACUGUGUAAGUCUGAGUAUUUUGUCAAAAGAUGUGUCGCGCAGAUGAAGAGGAUUCAGAAGAUGCAAUCAAAUCCUGAGCUCUUGUGACUUGAAGACAAAAGAAGAGAAAGGUCAGAACAAAAUAACUAGAUUUUAGAAUUUUUGAUCUUGUAACUCAAAUUUUUUGUUUUAACAGACCUAAACACAGUGAACACACUAAAAUCAAAACCAAGGCUAAACUGUUUUUUCUACUUUCUACUUUUCUUUUUACACUCGUCAGCAUAUUGACACACUUAAAGGGUUUGUAGCUGGUUUCCUGCGCUUGUCUUCAUUUUUUGAUAAAAUUCUGUUCCUCUAUUGUUCUUGUAUGAUUUGAGAUUUGUGCA